AUGCCUAUGUCUUCUCUUCCAGCAGCUAUUUUGUCUCACAUGAUAGCUAUUAACAAUGUGCCUCCUCCUCCACUCCGCAAUAUACCAAACUUGAAAAUGUCUAAGCACAUUGAUUACGGUCAGUUGAAGGCAUUAUGCCAUAUUAGAGGACUACAACGCCAGAGUAUUUACAGUGACUCAUCGGCUCACAAUAUAUUUAUGAAGCAAUAUCCUAAAGUAUUUCUGCACAAAAAAACCAGACUGCCUAAACUUUUCAAACGGGAGGAACGAAGAAAAUCUACUGAAGAUAAAGAAGAAAGUCCAUGCCAACAACCUGGUGAUUCUCACAAUAUAGCUGACCAUGUUAAAAAAGCACAUGGUGAUCAUACUUCAUAUGGACCGAAAAAAGACAUGGAGAAUUUGGUAGAGUUCCUAGCUAUCUUAAAGAAAUUGCCUGUUCACAGGACAGCAUAUGAACACAAAACUGUGUUGAAGAUGCUGAAAACAAUUCCAGAUUUAACCUCGCAGCUAAGCGAUGAGCAUCUGAAAACACUUAGUAAGAAUCUCAUUUCUGAAACCUGGAUGAAAGGCAGCACAGUGGCUGGAAAUGAUGGAUUUUAUAUAAUACUGAAAGGCGUAGCUCAACCUCAAAUAAAAGAUAACAAAAACAAAUUUGAAGAAAAUGAGUCAACAGCUUCCUUCGUGCCUCAGAGUUUCAAUGGCACUAUUUUUAAUGAAGACUUGAGAAACUCUAUACUUGCUGCAAUGAACCCAUCUUCACGUGGCUCAUUGCUUAGAAGAUGGAGUACCUUUGGAUCCCUGGAAAUUACACCUGACACUGAAGCACAGGUGUUCUCAGUGGUGACAUUAGAUGAUUGUGAAUUUCUUAAAAUCCCUGCAAAGGAAUAUGAGAAAUUAAAAUUGGAAAAAGCAAAACUUGAAAAUGUACAAAAGUUGAAGUUAAUUCGUAAGUGUCCUUAUUAUGAGGAAUGGCCUACUUUAUCCAUAUAUGAACUAACUGCUCUCAUUAAAUGGAAAAAAUUUCCUCCAGGUCAUGUGAUAGUGGAAAGUGGAAAUAUAAUUUCUUUUGUGGGUUAUAUUAAUUCUGGAUAUUGUAACAUUUAUCGAGGUGUUAUAGGAUUUGUGAGACUACAACCAAAUAAAGUGAAAAAAUGUCAAAAAUUUGUUCAUAUGGGUGAACUUAAGGAGAGAGAGUCCUUUGGUGAGAUUAGUGUUCUUCUUCAAGUUCCUUUCACAUGCACAAUCAUUACUGGAAAAGAGGUUGAAAUGGCAAUUAUUGAAGACAAAGACUUACUUGAAUUAGACCCAGUGACCCAGAAACUUAUGCUCCAAACAGCUAAACCAACUUUUGGCCAUCUGACAGAUGAUCAGACUCUAAAAAGGUCCCUGUAUUAUAAUGGCAUUAUUCCAGGAAUUGGAAAAUGGAACCACUACUGGACCAGCAUUCCCAGGAACCUCAAGGAUACUCUAGUUGAUUAUUAA